GACAAGCUUGACUCUUCAAACAAGUCAAAGCCACCUUGCUCUUUGUGCUCUAUGUUCAAACCAUAAAGCAAACCUUUCGCAAGAAUUGGAAUGUAGCAUUAUUCUCGCUCCUGUUCUGUGGAACAGGAUUCGUAUACAGCUGCUACCGAUGUGGAUUCUCUUUAUUGCUUUAUUGAGGCCAAACUUCAUAUCGACGCCCGUAACAAAAAAAAUCUGAUGGUUUCGUUUUAUUUACACAGUCGCAAUCGUUCUAGACAACAUCCUGGUUUGAAGCUUUAACGACUAUCGGCUACCUUUGGAUUACUAACGCGCUGAAAUCUGAUUUUUCUUCUUCAGGUUUGACGGGGUAAUCUUUAAUAAUGCGUUAUUAGUUUGAUCUUCGAACUCAACACCCCCACACUGUGUGCGAUGGUUAAACCCAACAAAGCCACUGUGAUCAGACAGUUCCAACACGAACACACGGUCGCCAGACUGGCACCUUGGAGGAAUAACUCAAAACUUUUUCUCAACCUAACUGUGGCGAAUUAGGAUAUCUCUACCAGUGUGGAUAACACAUGUGAGGGGCCAGGGUUCAACACCUGUUGAGGAAUGUUACUGGAGAAGAUGAACGGAGUGGAGGUCCACACUUCGUCUGUCGACAGGGAACCGAAAUCCAAUGAGAAACUUGAGAAAGAGAUAAGCGUUCUGAAGAGAAGACUACGAGAUGCCAAUGACAUCAUCGAUGACAUGGGCAGACAGAUGGAGUUGCAGAAGACGAGGACCCGACAAGUUAUCGCCGGCUGGAAACUACGUCUACAAGAGGGCGAUGAAAAAGUCAUCCAGGUCGCCCGGGAGAAAGACGAGCAGUUCACGGAGCUGGUGUCUGAACUCAUGUUCAUCGAGGGAUGCCUGAAGAAAGAGAGGAGAGAAAUUGUCGAGAAAUUGAACAAGAGGGACCUCAAGAUUAAACAGCUGGAGCAAACUGUGAAGAAACAACAGAAGCAGAUACACGCCUUGAACAAGGCUAAUGAGAAACUCAUUGGGAGUUUACACGAUAUAAGGCUGGAGACGCCUGAUUCAUCCCCCUCCCCUUCACCGGUCCCUGACUCCGGCCCUGAAGAGGAACCCUGUAUGGAGAACGGGGAAGGGUUACAUAGCCCCCAUUUGGGCCAGUUUCUCCGUCCUGGGGGUAUGGUACCCAGGCAGAGGGCUAGCACGGUGGAGCUCCUGCCUUCUCGCCGAGACCGAGACCGACGUCGAGGGAUCCCUAACGGCUCCAUCCUGGCCCCAAACAACAACAACAAACCGCAGUUGGAUUCGGACCCCCACCAGCAACCCCACCAGCACCGGGUUCGAUUCCAGGACGAAGUCUUCGAGGAGGACUCGCCCAGAAAAGACUUUCUGGAUGUUGAGCCGAUGGACAUGAGAAUCCGGAAAAUCUCCCUUCCAGCUUACAGACUCCCUACGGACGAGGAAGACAGUAUACGAUUCUUUUGAGUGCCCUCUGACCUUUGACCUAUUUGACAUUGAGCACAUUCCGUCGGCUACAUGACCCAAGAUCUGUUUAUUUAUGUAUGGGAGCCGUGAUUUAUCGUGCCACACAUGAUUGUGAUCAUUAUUUUUUGUCCACGUUCAUGUUGUUUAUUUCACUUAACUGUUAUACAUCUUGUUGCUUGAUAUUUGGGUCAUCGUCCACCAAACAACUUCUUGCUUAAUAAAAUCCCUAGAAAAAAAAAUUCAUUUGUUUUCUGUAUGAAACAAGGGCCCACGUCUUAGAUUGAUCGUGGUUUACACUUUCCUUGUGCACUUCAUUUUCUCUCUGCAGACGAUUCUCGAAUCUACUUAAGGAAAGCUUGCAUUUCGGACAAUAAUGUUACUUUGUUGUUAAGACUUAAAAUGAUUUUUAAAAAAUCCAGGGGAAAAAUAUUAUAAGUUUUCUGAAAACAUGCCGAGUGGAGAAAAUGAUAAGGCUUCUGAAAACAUGCUCUUUAGAGAAAAUCUAACGACUUCGUGGCCCGAACAUGGUCUGGCGCUUGCGCUGUUGGAUGUUGUAAAAAAAUAUAUAAAUAUUCAGAGAGAAGUUUCCUACAUUUCUAAUGGUUUUCAAAGGAAUGGACAGUGAAGUAUUGGUUAUUUUGUAGGGAUGGACUGACGUUGACAGGACUCGUUUUUUAGUUUUUGUUAGUCGAGUGAAUGGAACAACUGAGGUGUAAUUAAAAACGAUUAAAAAGACAAGCGACUGUUUGACGUAUGUCCAUGUCGUACAGAAAGACCGAGAUGUUUUGGAGACCAAAAGAACAAGCUUGUUCAGUUGUUGGGAUUUAUGUAAAGACGAUUAACUUUGUUGUUGUUGAUGUCACUGACCUGUUAUGUACGUCAUCUUUACUUGUUUGUUUGUACACAGAGUUCAGGACUUCUAAGAAAAGUUGGAAGUGUUUUGGAACCAAACAUUAAGUAGAUUGGGCCAACUGCUGUAAUCUGGUAUAAUCGUUGGACAAUAGAAAGAUUAUGUCGGAUGACAUUGAUGACUGUUCGUUAUAAUUGCUUGAGCGGAUUUAUUGUUACGUUGUAAGGAGACUUUCUGUAUUUACGUUACUCUCAAAAAGAUUCCCAUAUUAAAUUGUACACCUGAACGGCCUGUUUAAUGUGCUGAAUUUAAUGUGUGCACAUUUACUUUCAGUGUUUAUGGCCGUAACGUAGUUUUUUUAAUUUGUCAAUGUAGCAACUUGUUAUGGAUAGUCCAUAAGUAUGUUUCCUAAAAAUUGCAUCAGUGUGACCUUAUGAGGAUUGCAGCGUAAAUAAAUUUCUUGAAGACUUUCUGUUGUGGAAUAUUUUUAAGACGUGGGAAUUUGUUCCAAACAUGCGCCUAACAUCUUCGGAUAAGUCUAAAGUGAAAUUUGUAUUCGUUUAAAGAA